GCGAAUCUAGAACGCAUCAUUAGGUCGCGUCGCGUUGAGAGCAGACGGGAUGUAAGAGGAAAGGAAUAUGUUUUGCCUUUCACUGAGAGACCAGUGACGUAGAGAAUCCCCAAACUCGCGGAAAGUGUGGUGAAAAACAGGCUGCAGUCUAUGCUGCGCGCUCAUCUCCAGUGGAAAUGCGAGGACACAUUAAAACUCUUCGUGUUCGCUUCUGUGAAGCGCUUUAUGUCCUUUAUAUGCUGUUUUAUUUCAGUCAUUUAGCUUGUGCUGCUGCGGAAGUGUCGGACAAAACUGAAGUUUGGAACAAAACUCAACUUCUCGAACUGUACAGUAAAGGUGUUUUCCGUUUGGAGAGCGUGUCGCGGAAGCUUUGCCUCUCAGCGGACUCGUCCGGUUUGUCUCUGACCAGCUGUGAGCCCCCGUCUGCCGGCCUGCUUUGGAAAUGGGUGUCCCGGCACCGUCUCUACAAUCUGGGCACCAGUCGAUGUCUAGGGAUCAAUGUGACCAAGCCUGACGUGGGCAUCUUUGAGUGUGACGUUUCCCUCCAAACCAUGUGGUGGCGCUGUGGGGGCAGCAUGUUGUAUGGAGCGAUGAAUCAUAAGUUAGCGGUGGUGGACUCUAAAGUGGUGGUGAAGAGGGCCGCUCUGCAUCAGUGGAGGAUUUACGGGGCGGCCGGUGAAGGGCCAUGCGCCUACCCAUAUGAAGACAUCCACACGCUACAAGGGAACUCCCAUGGCAUGACCUGCUCCAUCCCCUUCAAAUACAACAAUAAAUGGUUCUGGGACUGUACCUCUGAGGGCAGAGAGGACCGUCACCUCUGGUGUGCCACUACUAACCACUAUGAUCAAGAUGAGAAAUGGGGCUUCUGUCCCAAUCCAGUGCCAGGCUGCAAUGAAUUCUGGGAGAGCCAUCCGGAGCUGAAUGCCUGUUAUCAGUUUAACUUGUACUCCAUCCUCACCUGGAGUCAAGCUCUUACUUCCUGUCAAGCACAGGGUGGGAGUCUUCUGUCCAUCACACAGUCCAGUGAACAAAGCUAUAUUAAAGAAAGACUCUCAGAUAUGGGUGUGAUGGUCUGGAUUGGAUUAAACCAUCUCAGUCCACAUGGGGGAUGGCAGUGGUCUGAUGGAUCUGCUCUGGCUCUCGUCAGUUACACCGCAGAUCUGACCUCCACACCGGUGCAGGAGAACCAGCCGUGUGGGGUGUUUAACUCCACGCAGGGUUCCUGGCAGAGUCUGUCCUGUGAGUCAGCCUUGCCCUACAUCUGCAAAAAAGACACCAAAUACAGCCGGAAUGCCGAGCCGCUUGAUAACUGGCAGUAUAAGGAGACGAUUUGUCCUGGUGGUUGGUUGGACCAUAAUGGGUUUUGUUACCGGUACCUGGAUGAGAAGUCGAGCUGGGACGUCUCUUCCAGCGCAUGCAAAGCUCUUCAAGCAGUGCUGGUCAGCGUCCACUCCCUCAGCCAGCAAGAACUACUUCUGAAACUGCUGUCCAAUGGAUCCGACUCUAAGGUGUGGAUCGGCUUGCAUAAGGAGGACAAACUUUCAUCAGUCCAGUGGUCAGACAGCUCGCCAGUCACAUUCACAUCCUGGUACUCUCAGGAGCCUUCCCAUAGCCAUGGUGACAAACGAAUCUGCGUCACCGCAGACUGGAAGGACAGCAGAUGGCAGUUUGAGGACUGUGAAGAGCAGCAUGCUGCAAUCUGUAAGACUUCGGGUCUUGUUCCACAGCAUCCUAGCGGAGAAUGGGAUGAUGGGUGUCCAGAGGGCUGGAAAAGGAAGGACUCCUGGUGUUACAGAAUCACAGAUCAGGAACAGACGUUUGAGGAUGCAGUGAAAGGAUAUUACUGCAGAUCUCCUCUUGUAACUAUAGAAAGCAGGUUUGAGCAGGCCUUUCUAAACAGCCUGAUCAGUGAAAAGGGAGACUCUGAGACCCGAUCCUAUUGGACAGCUCUGCAGGACCAGAACAGGACCGGCGAGUACCGCUGGCUGACGCAGAACGGCUCGUCGAUACCCCUCACCUACACCAACUGGAACCGACACCAGCCAGUGAGUGGAGGAGGCUGUGUGCUGAUGUCCGGAGGCCAGGCUCUGGGUCACUGGGAGGUGAAAAACUGUGGCACUUUUAAGGCCCUGGCUGUGUGCAAACAGGAAGUGAGUGGUAAUCGUGACACCCUGAUGCCUGUGCCACACAUAGACCUGAAUGCACCAUGUCCCACCGGAUGGGAGAGCCGCAAAGAUCUGUCUCACUGUUACAAGGUGUAUCACAGUGAGAAGAUCCUGAUGCGUCGCACCUGGACCGAGGCUCAGUUCUUCUGCCGGGCUUUGGGUGCUGAUCUGGCCAGUUUCCAUCACUAUGAAGAUCAGGCUUUUGUCAGAAAGCUCCUCUCCAUGAUGUUCCAAAGUACAGAGGGUCGCUGGUUUUGGGUGGGCUUUACUAAGAGAAACCCUUGGUCUGACGGAGCCUGGGAGUGGUCGGAUGGCACACCGGUGGUGACAUCGUUGAUUGAGGAUAUGAAUGAAGUGGACUCUCACAUGUGUGCUGUGUACAGUGACCUCACAAACACUCUCACGCCUCACUCCUGUGACGCCAAAUAUGAAUGGAUUUGCAAGGUCCCUAGAGGUGUGGAGCUGGUCAAGCCGUACUGGUACAGCGACCAACUCGAGCCGUGGAUGUUUUCCAGAGGAGCUGAAUAUUACUUUGCCAGUAAACCGUUUCCCUGGGAGUCCGUCUCCUUCGCCUGCAAGAUGAUGGGAGCUGAUCUGCUCUCCGUUCACUCGAGUGAGGAACUGAACUUCAUCAGAGAAUACAUUAAAAAGGAUUCUGAAUUUUGGUGGAUUGGUUUGUCUGCUAACAGCGCUCACAAUGGUCUCAGCUGGACUGAUGGAUCCCCUUUGGAUUAUGAGAACUGGGAAAAUGGUCGAUUCUACCGAAAGCCUGGCCAAAACUGCAUCAAGAUGUCGUCUCAAUCCGGUCAGUGGUCAGCAGGAAGCUGUAAGGAUCGACACAGUUACGUGUGCAAGCGCAGAACGGUGUCUUUGGUGGAGGAACCACGUGAGCCUCACUAUGUCGGCAGCUGUCCAGAGAACUGGUUCUACUACGGACAAAAGUGUCUGUAUCUGCAUCUCCCAAUCCGUCCGGGAGAUGGGAAAACCUGGCAUGAUGCUCAGUCCAUCUGCACAUCAACCUAUCACGGAUCUCUGGUGUCCAUAGAGGACGAAAUUGAACAAGCCUACAUCGUCAUGCUGCUUCACGGCUGCUCAGCAGGGGUUUGGAUUGGUGUACAGGGUCGUUUUUCCUCCAAGUGGAGCAACGAUAAACCAGUCAGCUAUAAUAACUGGGAGGUGUCUAACUAUAGAGCUCCUGGGGAACCUCGUUGUACUUAUCUGUCCAACAGUCACAACUUCCGUGUGACAGGGCUUUGGCAAGACGACGUCUGUACUGAGAGCGUCUAUGGCUUUGUCUGCGAGAAGAAGCAAGACAAGUCCAAGCGUCCUACACAAUCCUAUUACACCGCUUUCUCUCUGGACUCGUCUGAGUAUAAGAACCACAGUUACCGUAUCAUCCAUGGCAAUUUGAGCUGGUAUCAGGCCCAGAAGGCAUGUUUGGAGAAGGGGGCGUCUCUUGUGAGCAUCACAGACCCGUUUCAUCAGGCCUAUCUCACUGUGCUGAUCAACAGGCUUGAAGCCCCACACUGGAUCGGACUGUACAGCACAGAUGAUGGUCUCUCACACCAGUGGUCUGAUGGAAGUGAGCUUUCCUUCACUUACUGGGAAGAGUCGAAUUAUUACCCAGAGGGACCCAUGGGAGAUGGAGGCUGCGUGUCCAUGGAUGUGAACGGACGCUGGAAAGACGUUGAAUGUGACAUGCUUUUAUCAGGAGCGAUAUGUUACAAACCUCCUCCGAAAAGCAUUGCUUUCUCCUAUGAAGUGGUGUGUCCUGAGACCUGGGUGAAGUUUCGUGGGAGCUGCUAUUAUUUUGAAACAGUUCUGUUGAAGAUGACACUGGAAGAAGCAAGACAUCACUGUAAAAAGAAGGGAAAUUUUUCAGAUGUUCUGACAGUUCAAGAUGAUGAGGAGAGUCGAUUCUUCCUUAAAGAGAUGUCGCGGCAUUACCGGGGGCCUCAGAAUUUGUGGCUAGGAAUUUUAUACGACACUGACACUGAUGCUUUGACUCGACUGGAUGGCUCACCGCUCCUUUACACGAACUGGCGCUCCAGAGCUCCUGAUGCCAGUGACAUAAGGGUGGAUUCAUGCGUGACUCUGCGGGUUUCAGAUGCAGUGUGGCAGUUAGCCGACUGCACUGAGAGACUGGGCUUCAUCUGCAAAACCUCAACAGGUGGCAUCAAAGAGGUAGAAGUGGAGCCACUGAAAGGUCUGCACCAAGGCGUGAUCUCGGCAGCUGUGUUGGUGGCCAUUGUGCUGUUUGCUGUGGUAAUCGGAUCAACGUGGUUCCUUUACAAGAGAAACUCUCUGUGUGUCCGGAGGCUUCUGAUGUUCGGCAGCGCCUAUUACAGACAGACUAGUUCCCAAGCCAGUGACCAAGAUGAAAAUGUUUUACUUCCAGACCUAGAGACACAAGCAGGGGACUAGCGUGUGUUUGUGUGAGUCUAGGUGCAUGUUUGUGUUUUGCAUGAGAGUGUGUGUUUGUUCAGUCAGGGAAACUGCAUUGGGAAUUAAGAAGAUAGUCGAGCUGCCUGUCCAUACUGGAGCUACAGGAGGAUAUUGUGCACAUGCAGGUCUUGUAAAGCUCCACAGCAAUCCAUUUAAAAGCAUUAUGAAAGGGAUAUCCUUUGUGAAGUAUGAAAUGGGGCUUCUUUUUUUUUUUUUACAGUGUCUCGUUCAGGAAAACAACACUAUUCCUCUAGAAUGCAAUAGCUAAAAUGGGCCAAAUGGCUUGGUGGUUAAGUGCGCUUUAAUAUUGUUAAGGUGUCAGGGCCUGUUCACACUAUCACAGAUGUUUAGCAUUAUGGUUUCACAUGCAGUUUGUCUGUUUAGACCAAUGCAUAAAAUAAAAAUAAUCUGACAGUUUGAAUAACACCUAAAGUUUCGCUUUCUGACACUACAGUAUAUUUCUCUUGCAAUACUGCAACUUAUAGACGCUACACAGCUUUGCGUUUCUGAGACCCGCUUGUCAUGGAGAAGAAGCUAGUUCCAGAUUGUUGUGAAAAUAUGCCACCAAGUCGAAGGUUUAUGUAAAAGCAUUGUAUUUGGACACAUGACCAAAAGCGUGACUAUUAUUGUUUGUCUAGUUUUCUUCGCAGUGCAAUGGAAAAGAGUUUAGAGCACCUUGAUUAUUGCAUCAAACAUUUGUCUUUUUGUGAAUAGGCCUUUAAAGUCAACAUGAAAUCAGAAUGGACCCUAUUUACUUUCUUAAAGGUGUGCUCAGUAUUUUUAUCCUCAUUAAAAAAAAUUGAAUGCAUAAAAAUAAAUAGUAUGUUGAAAAGUUUGUAUAGCAAAAACACGAAUACAAAUUAUAGAUUAAAAAUUCAAUAAAACUUGCUUCACCUCUGAAACAAAUUUCCUUUUAGAUGAAAUCAUCAAGGCCACUUACAUUUUAACCAGUUGUUGUGUGCCAGGAGGGGGAGGAGUCAUUCAUAAUCGACUGUGAGCUGUUUUAACAAUGGGUACAUUUUUAAACUUGCAUCACAUUAGGAAAGUAAAAGGGGUUGUGGGUGUCAUUUAAUGUUGACUUGUAAGUGUUACUCUAACUUUUGCAACUAUUCAACAAUGCAACUUUUGGGUCUCUAUGAUCCUCCUAUACAGGGUGAACUGCUCUUUUGAAGUGUAUUAAUAGUUCAUCUACAGCAGGAUGCUUGUUCUCAAAAGUAGUUUGUUCUGAUUAGAACAAUAAACUACUAUCAGAAAGAGUCCACAAAUCCAAAACAAGCCACUGCAAAACAAAGAAAAGCAGAACAGCUUGGCCAUAAAUAAAUGUUUACCUUGCACCGCUGAUGGUGUCAUCAGUAUUACAACCUUAUUUCAGUAUUGUUUUCUAUCCUUUGAUACCUGAAACUAUUUUGAUCUGAAGCACAUUUGUUAGGAUAACAUGUUUGCUUUAUAAGCAUCUUACUUUUGCACAGCUUCUGGAGCACCGGGGCAGUGUCAGUUCUUAUUCUGUGGUUAAAAAACCAUAUUUUAAACCCUACAUUUUCAUUUUGACUGUGUUUGCUUCUCUGUGUUUUACUGAUUUGCUUCUCUGACUUCUUGCAUUGUGUAGCGGAAUCUAUUACUGCUUCAUUUAUGAAUUUAUUUUAUCACAAAAAUGUGAAUGAAGAACAUUGUUUUUAAUCAUCAAUUUUUUUCUCUACAAUUUUGGGAAUAGGAACACACACAAAGUCUGUAUCCCCUCUGUAUUUCCUAAUCAGCCAUGGAUAUAAAACCCCUUGAAUAUUUGGUAAUGUUUUUGUGGUUAUGAAUGUUUUUGUGGUAGCGAGAACUAUAUGGCAAGACAAUCAAGGCUUUUGUUUUAAACAUUGACAUAGAUUUCACAUAUAGGUAUUACACAUUUUGAUAAGCAGUUAUAUUGUAAUAUACAAUAGGCUCUUUCCAUUCUUAAAUUUUUAUAUUACUGUAAGUCUGUUGGUUUGUGUUUUGCUGUAUGUGUGAUUGUGUUUAAAGGCUCUGCCUAGUGUUAUUGUGUGUCACAGUUUACAUUUUGUUCUUUUUAUUAUUCAUUUGCAGUUAUGUUUCUGAAGAAGGUGAAAUUGUAUCUUUCAAGUUUUUUUUUUAUUGGUUUGUUUGUUUUUGUUUUCUUCUCUAGUUUUCAAGAACACUUGAUCAGUUUAAUGUGACCAAAUGUAUUUUCAGUGUUUCACCUGAUCUAGGAUUUAUUUUUUAUUUUUUAAAUAAUUAAAUACUCUAACUCUUCUUGAAUUGAUUGUGACUUUUAAGCAGGGAACUGUUCAAUGAAUCUGUAAUCAAAACACAAUUAUAAAAAAACAAAUGAUUUUGUA